AUUUCUUUCAGAACCAGAGACAUCUCUAGCCCUAAAGGUCUGGUGCAAAUAGGUUGUAAUGGAGUUUGCUCAACUAUGACUAUGCUAUUCUUUAUUGGUGUCAACAACACUUUUUUCUCUGGUUUCCUAGAGCCAAUCUCGAUUAUAUCUGUCUAA